AAUAAUCGAACACGUACUAUUCCUAAUAUCAGUUUCAACAGACUUUUCCUUCUUUUUACUCUAGUAAGGUAUGGGAAUGAAGAACAUAGCAGUGCGAGUGCUCUUGUCAAUUUCUUUGGUAAUUCAAUGUAUUAUUGCUCAAGCCCUAGCCACCCCAAAAUACUAUGAUUUUGUUUUGAAAGAGAGCAAUUUCACGAGGCUAUGUAAUACCAAGAGCAUGCUAACUGUCAAUGGCAGUUUUCCAGGACCAACAAUUUAUGUUAACGCUGGCGAUACUAUCUAUGUCAACGUUCACAAUCAAGGGAAUUAUGGUUUCACGAUCCAUUGGCAUGGAGUGAUGCAGCCAAGGAAUCCGUGGUCAGAUGGCCCUGAAUAUAUCACACAAUGUCCCAUCAACCCUGGAACAAACUUCACUUACCAAGUUGAGUUUACUACUGAAGAAGGAACCUUAUGGUGGCAUGCUCAUAGUGAUUGGACGCGCUCUUCCAUCCAUGGUGCCAUUGUUAUCAAACCUGCUCCUGGAAAAACUUAUCCAUUUCCAGAACCGGAUGGAGAGGAAGUCAUCGUUUUUUCUUCAUGGUACAACAAAGAUGUGAACUCCAUGGUCGAUUAUAUACUCAAAACAGGAACUGAUAAAUCUUUAAUAUCUAAUGCUUACACCAUCAAUGGCCAACCGGGAGAUUUCAAAGACUGCUCCAAAGAGUCCACAAUCCGCAUGAACUUUGAGUAUGGCAAGACUUACCUUCUUCGCCUGGUAAACGCAGUGAUGAACAGAGAUCUUUUCUUUAUGAUAGCGGGUCACAACCAGACUGUUGUAGGAUGGGAUGCCGGAUAUGUCAAACCUGUUACUACAGACUACAUUUUCAUUUCUACUGGACAAACCUUGGAUAUCCUAGUCACAGCAAACCGGAAACCAGGGGAAUACUACAUGAUUGCUACUCCUUACUAUGAUGCAGUAGGGACUGACUUCGACAACAGCACUGCUUCAGCAAUUUUCCAAUACACAGGCAACUACACUCAGAAAGCACCUUACUUUCCGGUGUUUGUUCCAGAUUACGCUGAUAUGGCGUCUGCACGGGCGUUUGUUGAACGGUUAAGGAGCUUGGCAAGUGAAGAACAUCCCAUUGAGGUUCCAAUGGAAGUUGAUACCAGAAUGUUUAUAACAGUUUCGGCCAACCUGAAUCCCUGUCCAAAUGACUCCUGUGCAGGGCCAGAUGGUUACAGGGUCUUGGCAAGCUUAAACAAUAUUAGUUUUGUUAAUCCUGCAAUUGAUAUUCUUGAAGCAUAUUACAGGAACAUAAGUGGGAUCUACAAAACAGACUUCCCAGACAUACCGCCUGUGUUUUUUAACUUCACAGCCGACGACCUGACGACAUCAAAUUACACAUAUACCGAACAGGCAACAAAAGUGAAGGUGUUGAAUUAUAAUGAGUCAGUGGAGAUAAUUUUCCAAGGGACUAAUGUCAUUUAUGGAGGAGAGGAUCACCCAAUGCAUUUGCAUGGGUUUAAAUUUUACCUGAUUGGAUCAGGUGUAGGUAUUUACAAAAACGACACUUCUACAUCGUCAUAUAACUUAUUUGAUCCACCUCGAGCUAAUACAAUUGUGGUUCCAAAGAAUGGAUGGGCAACAGUUAGAUUCAGAGCUGACAAUCCUGGGGUUUGGCUUAUGCAUUGCCAUUUUGAAAGGCAUUUUAGCUGGGGAAUGGAUACCGUUUUUAUAGUGAAAAAUGGAGACACUGCUGAAACAAGUGUUAUGGGACCUCCAGCUAACAUGCCUCCUUGUAAAUACACGCCACUCUUGCACCAUGUAUUUAAUAGUACCGAAGAUGAAUUGGACAACAUCUGAGCUGGGCUUAUCUUCACGCUAGGCCACGGUGUAAGAUUUUGACACAUUUCUCCAUUGUAUACGAAGUAACUACAGCCCAUUUGUUUUGAUAUAUUAAAAAUAGUUAUCAAUU